AAACCCCAUAAGAAGAUUCCCAGAAUAGCCCUCUUAUUCUUCCCAAAAAAGCCAUGAUUUCCUGGAUCGCCGGAUCGGGGUUCAAGCAACUCGGCGCCCGACUGUUCUCCGGCGCCGCCGUUAUCCGCCCGGCCCUCUCAUUAACUCCCGGGUGCGCCGGCAUGAGGACGGCGCCGGCGGCGUGGGUGGCGAGCGUCCGUUUCGUCGGCACGGCCCCACUGAUGGCGGAGACGGGCGGCGCCGCAGCGGAGGGAAAGAAGGAGAAGGCCGUGGUGAGCUACUGGGGGAUGGCGCCGGCCAAGCUCUUCAAGGAGGACGGCACCGAGUGGAAGUGGUCUUGCUUUAAGCCGUGGGAUUCCUACUCGUCGAACUUGUCGAUCGAUCUCAUGAAGCAUCACGUGCCGAUCACGUGGGGUGAUAAACUGGCUCGCUGGACGGUGAAGACGCUUCGGAUUCCAACUGAUAUAUUCUUCCAGAGGAGGUACGGCUGUCGUGCCAUGAUGCUGGAGACGGUGGCGGCGGUGCCGGGAAUGGUGGCCGGCGUGAUACUCCACCUCCGCUCCCUCCGCCGCUUCGAACACAGCGGCGGCUGGAUUAAGGCCCUCAUCGAGGAGGCCGAGAACGAGCGCAUGCACCUGAUGACCUUCAUGGAGGUGUCGCAGCCGCGGUGGUACGAGCGUGCGCUCGUCGUGAGUGUCCAGGGUAUCUUCUUCAAUGCCUACUUUCUUGCGUACUUCCUCUCCCCCAAGCUCGCCCACCGCAUGGUCGGCUACCUCGAGGAGGAGGCCAUCCACUCCUAUACUGAAUUCCUCAGAGACAUCGACGCCGGCAAGAUUGAGAACGUCCCUGCUCCGGCGAUCGCCAUCGACUACUGGCGUCUGCCUCCUAACGCCACGCUCCGUGAUGUGGUCGUCGUUGUUCGGGCCGACGAGGCCCACCACCGCGACGUCAACCACUUCGCGUCGGACAUUCAUUACCAAGGCCAUGAGUUGAGAGAGCUUCCGGCUCCCCUUGGAUACCACUGAAAGUGUUUCAACCAAAGGAGAUUGAGACAAGCCACUGAAUCUCGCCAUCGCGUAAGGAUGUGGAAGGAAUAAAGCCAGAUGUACCCGGCAAAGCUGAAUUAUUAUUUGAACUAGUACAUAUGCAAAUUAUUAUACAGUUUGCAUGGUGUAUGUUUUUAUAGUUUAACAUUGUUAUGUAGAUUCAUAAUGGUGUGUAAUUGCUGAGACUGUUUGAUAUUCUGCUGGCUCAUUAUAAUAAUGAAGAAUCUUCUCUACAGCUCUUUGAACUAUUCAA